AAUUGAAAGCAGCAUGGGAAUGUUAAACCAUAUCGCUCCGCCUUCUCUUCAACAUCUACUAGAAGAAGCAACACUAAGAAGACACGUCUCUCUUCAGAUUCAUGUCUCUAAGGACUCUUAUUAGAACAGUCUCACUUUAGUUCCCCCAUCACUUUAUUUGUGACUGGAGAUGCGUUCACGCUUACGUCCAGCCUGAGUUACUAGUUUUCAGUACAACUACAACACGUGGACGAAGCGAGCCGGCAUUUUAUUUAAAAAAAGAUAAAGCUCAAAACAGAGCCACCGAGGUCAACGUGCACUUCAAUAUGGACUACGUGCCAGAUGACAACUCCCGGUACAAAGAUGUUGACUACUGGGAUGAACGAUACACGACGGAGCAGUCUUAUGACUGGUUGGGCUGCUUCUCCAAAUUCCGGCACAUUCUGGAAAACCACGUCAAGAAAGAAGACUCCAUCCUGAUACUUGGUUGUGGAAACAGCAGUAUGAGUGGCGACAUGUACACUGCCGGCUACCGCUCCAUCACCAACAUAGAUUACUCCUCGGUGUGCAUCAGUGCCAUGGCCGCCAGGCACAGCGACUGCCCUGAUAUGACCUGGCGUCAGAUGGAUGUGCGCCAGCUCUGCUUCCCCAGCAUGUCCUUCGACGUCAUCCUCGAGAAGGCCACGCUGGACGCCAUCUCGGUGGAAGAGAAGUCACCCUGGGACGUGUCCCCGCAGACCGCCUGUUUUUUUCACCAAGCACUUUCAGAGAUCAGCCGCUGCUUGAAGCCUGGAGGACGGUUUGUCUCCGUCACCUUUGCCCAGCCCCACUUCAGGAAACGCCUCUACGCUCGCACCGAGUACAACUGGUCAAUCAAACAGCACAGUUAUGGAACCGGCUUUCUAUAUUAUGUGUACGUUAUGACCAAAGGAGAGAAGCUUAGUCCAGAGGAUGCGGAUCUGGAGAAAAAGCUACUGGAAAAAAAGCUAUUGGAGGACACCAAAGCGCCAGCUAACAGGGACACCACAACACAACAUGAGGACAAGGAAGAUUUCCUGUCGAAUAUUGACUUGUAAAACUGGAUUAUUUUGGCAUUCAUUAUCUCUAAAACUUUAGAAACGUUACACCGGACUUAAACUACACACCACCACCAUGUAAUACAAAUAAAAUAUCUGUCAUGUAAAAGUA